AUGUGUCGAACGGUGCACGCGGUCUUACAAACCGUAAUAUGCGGUAUCCAAAUGCUUGUACGUGUCUUUAUGACCGUCAUUCUCAUGUUGGAGAAUCUGAUUCGAAUGAUACUACAGACCCUGUACAACUUCAUAUCGUUCCUUCUCCAAAUGAUAUCCUUGAUACCGAUAUGCGCAGUGUUCUUGCUUACGGCACGAUUGAAAUGUUUUAUGUGCGGCGGCGGUGGACCCUGCCCAGUCAACAGAGGAGGUGCUUGCGACUGCAUCAUGUCCGCUAUCGCGAUUAUCAUACUUUUCUUCAUCUUCAGAGCGACGGGCGUUUUAGACAAAAUAUUCUACAGUUUAGGCUACAUUAAAACCCGGAGCACCCAAUUAAGAUUCGUACCCACUCCUGGAGAUAUAACGGAGUGUUCGCGAAACGAAAGCGAUUAUACAGAUGAAACUGAUACGACAACGUAUUCUGAACCAACCUUCCUAUAUUAUGAGGCCCUAUCAACAGCUGAUACGUCAAAUGAUAACCCAACUCAGGAAUAUCUUUUAGAAGCUGAUGCGGAACCCGUAUCUGAACCCACAGAUGAAAGGAACACUGUGUUACGGAAUAAUUUCUUUUUCCCGAAACAAUUAGGGCAAACUGAAAAUCCCAAUAGCAACAAGAAUUGGACUACAAUAUUAUCUAACUUAAUAUGA